CUGUCUGGCAUAGUGUGGAUUUAGCAGUGGCAGCCUCUUAAAGGUCAUCUGAGUGGUUGAAUAUCUCAUUGUUGAGAGUGAUCAUGGCUUUGGGAGUUACUGGCUUCCUCCUUCAGUGUUACCUGCUGCUGGCAGCUGCCAUGUAUUUUGAUCUUGGAGAGCAGGAGGAGAAAUGCAUCAUUGAAGAGGUUCCCGAAGACAUGCUAGUGACCGGUUAUUUCCUGUUGCAGCCAUGGGACCUGAACUCGCCAACACACUCUCCUCAUCUCGGCGUCACUGUGACAAUAAGAGACCCAAACCAUGAGAUUUUGAUGACCAAACGUUACGGCAAAUUUGGCAAAUUCACCUUCACUGCACAUGCCUCUGGUCAGCACUUCCUUUGCUUCCAAACCAACUCCACGAGAUUCUCCGUCUUUGCUGGAGAGAGGCUGAAGCUACAUUUGGAUGUCCAGAUGGGAGAGCAUGUGAUCGAUCACAGCACCGACAAGAAGACCAAAGACAACAUGCAGACUUUGGAGAACAUCCUCAACCAUCUCACUGAUCAGAUGGUAUACAUUACCAGGCAGCAGGUGUACCAGAGGGAGAAAGAAGAGAUGUUUCGUCAGAUCAGCGAAGACACGAACAGCAAAGUGCUUUGGUGGGCCGUGGUGCAGACGUCCAUUCUGCUCUCAGUUGGUUUCUGGCAGCUGAAAAGGCUGAAAGACUUCUUCAUUGCCAAGAAGUUGGUCUAAUCAUUGUAUGAAUCCUGUUGUGGCAGAAACUGAUGAAUUUGCAGAAUGUGCUAUUAACACUUUUUUUUUUUUUUUGAAUGACUGUCAAAAUGUUGGAGAAUAUUGCAAGAAACAAUAUUUUGUUAACAAAAAUAUAAUUCAAUUAAAAAUAAAUAUAAGGAUGGAACCUCCUGGAAACUACUCAUCAUCAGUGAUUUUAACACA